UCCUGCCUCCAGUGCCCUGGCCUCAGUGCUUGUCUGUCUUGCUCUUCCGACAGGCUCUGAGGACUGCUCAGCUGGCCCAGGUCCCCCUCCCUAGCAGCUGCCCCAGAACCAUGGAGAGUCUGAGUGAACUACAGAACCCGCUGCUGCCCAGGAGCCCUGCCCACCUCCAUGGCCCCUAUCCCUACCCGGAGACCCCACCCAGCUGGUCCUGCCAGGAAAAGCUCUAUUCCUACCUCCUAGGCGGCACUGGGCCUGCUGGAGCCCACCAGCUCCUGGACCCAGGGUCCCUGCAGCUGGCUGUGGAGGCCUGGUACCGGCCCAGCUGCCUCCUGGGGAGAGACAAGGUCAAGGAGCCCAGGGCAAGCAGCUGUGAGACCAGCUUCACAGAGGACAGGGAGCCCCAGGAGGGGCCUCUAGAGCAGCCCACAGGACUUGGCCAAGCUGCAGAGAAUAUCACCAUCCAGACUGUGUCCUACGGGGUACAAGAGGAGCUGCGGGACCAGGAGGACGACCAGGAGGAAGAGGAGAGCGAUGCCACUUCAACCGAGAGUGAAAGUGAAGACAACUUCCUCACGCUGCCUCCCAGGGACCACCUGGGCCUUACUCUCUUCUCCAUGCUCUGCUGCUUCUGGCCACUGGGCAUUGCUGCCUUCUACUUCUCCCAGGGGACCAGCAAGGCCAUCUCCAAAGGGGACUUCCGCCUGGCCAGCACCACCUCCCGCCGGGCCCUCUUCCUAGCCACACUCGCCAUCGCCGUGGGGGCCGGUCUCUACGUGGCUGUGGUGGUGGCUCUGGCAGCUUACAUGUCCCAGAACGGUCAUGGCUAGUAGCCAGUAGGGCCUGCAUCCUGACUCCCCUGCCCACCUGAGGAAGCAGUGAGGCUUGGGGUUGCAGACCCUAUGGAAAGGCCCGGCCCCUGAAGAUGAUCCCGUGAGAGUGGCUUGCUGAGGGGGAGACCCCCAUUCCGCAGCCUGCAGAGCUCAGCCUUCACUUCUGCUUGACCCCUGCUCCCAGCCCCAGAGCAGGGCCCGGGGCGCCACUCUCUAACCCAGGCUACAGACGGGAAACAGAAGGCAGGGCUGCCCACCAGGCCAUCCCAGCAGGGCCUAGCUCAGUCCAUUCCGCCCAUUCCCUAGAGGAUCUCCUGCCCUACAGCCAGCCCACCACCUACUCUGCCAACCUCCCCACAGAGAAAGAGCAGGAGGUUACAGGGAGGAAAGGGGGUGCCCAGGGCACAAGGGGACCUGUCCCAAUCCUUUCAGCCCACAGGGAUCUUCACCUGGGGACAGCCUGAGCUUCCCCCAACUCCACUGUCUGGCCCCAUCAUGCCCAGACCUCAGCAGGCCAAGAAGGAAAUAUGUGGAGGCAAGGGGGCCUCUUGCUGUCUCUGAUUCUAGAGGGUGCUUUUCUCCCCAUGGGCUUGUGAGGCACUGUAGAUUCUAGAUUGGGAAGAGGAGCCUCGGUAUGUAAACUCUGAACCAAGGGCAGGUUCUUGGAGCUUCUUCAUGCAGGUGCAAAAGGCAGUUGCAAUGACAGAGACUAGAGGGUCCUGAAAUAUUGCUGGACUACAUGAGUCUUCCUACUCUGCCCCCACUCCCCACCCCCAUCAUUCUUUUCUGGGCUUUGCCUGGAGGUCCGUGAGCUGGUGCCAUCACAAGUAGACUAGACCCAGAGAGUGCCCUCAGCUCACCAGCCACUGAGUGCAGGGCCCUAGGUCCAGCCCUGCAGAAAACACAGCAAGGAGAGACCCUAGGGAGUAGUGAGUAUAGGUGAGGGAAGGGACUCAGGGAAGGAAUGGCCUGCUGAGUAGUCAGCAGUGCUUAGGAAGGCUUCCUGGAGGAGGUAUCCCUUGAGCAAGGCCUAGGAUGAAUAGAAUUCAUCUAAGGGAUUUGGUCACAUAACUCUUUGUAUUUGUAGGCAGGGAUGUGGCAGGAGCCUUCCAUGGGAAGCUUUCAGGCUGUUUGGAUUCUGCCUGGAACAUCCGGGCUGGAGCCAAACUACAGCCAUUCCUAAGGGUUCCGCCAACUCAAGGAGGAACGUCACACCUGUCUCUCAAAGACCAAUGAUGUUUUCCCAUCUCUGAAUGCUAGGGGGUCAGUGGUGGGUACCUGGUUACCCCUGGGGCAUCUUCACUGAUACCUCUGCUCAGUGCCACUCUCAACACCCUCAGCCACUAGGGCACAUCCAGAAUUUUAGAGACAUCUCCAGGUAGGCAGGGGGGCAGCACCAAUUUGGGCAGGCCUGUCUGGACUUAAGCUACAGGCCCCUGCUGUGCAUGAUGUGGGAACCUGGUCAUUCCCAUGCCCCAUCCAGAGCCCAGGGCUGUGGCUCCACCACUGAGCAUCCUUUGUCCCACUGUCCUCCCCUGCCUCGGGCACUGCCCAGCCCUCCACUCUUGCAUCACAGCAGUUUUAAGGUCCCAUUAUUGUACUGAUUUAUCCCUGUAAUAAACGUUUCUGUAACA